CCCCUGAGCAUUACGCUAUUCAAAACCACAAGAGUACCUAGUGAUACACCCACAUCCUAGCUAUUAGGCAAGCCCAUUUUGAAUGCAAAGCUUAUUGACUGUCUAUCAACAAACAUUUGAACACUCAUUGUCAACAAAAGCCAUAUGGGAGAGUACUAAGAGAUAAUGACAAUGAACAGUGGAACACUGACAAAACAACAGAGCACACAAAAUGGAUACUCGUUCGAGUUUUCAGGGAAGAUUCCGGACGAACUUGUCUGCAAGAUGUGCAACAAAGUCUUGAAGGACCCACGACAAGUGGUGUGCUGCGGACAACACUACUGCCAAGGUUGCAUCGAGAAACGAAUCAAUUCCAACUACACCUGCCCAACCUGCCGCACACCGAGCUUCAACCAUUUCCGAGACGUUCAUUUCGAACAAAGGAUAAACCAGCUCAAGAUCCACUGCCCUCAUCAGAAACAGGGCUGUAAGUGGACGGGGGACAUGACAGGGCUCAAAAAUCAUCUCUCGGCCGCUCAGGGGUGUGCCUACGAAGGAAUCCCCUGUCCAAACAAGUGCGGGCACACAAUCUCGAGGAAGGACAUCAAGGAGCAUCUUGGGAAGCAGUGCAUUCAGAGGAGAGUCAAAUGUCAGUACUGCAGCCUUGAGAAUACGUACAAGGUCAUCACCGGCAGUCAUUAUGGCGUCUGCCCAAACUACCCAGUCAAGUGCCCCUACAACUGUGGCCAGAAAACUGUGAAACGAUCGGAGCUCCAGAAGCACGAGCAGACUUGUCCGAUGAAGCCAGUCCAGUGUCCAUUCCAGAGUGCCGGAUGCCAGGUCAAGAUUGUGCAGAAGGAUUUCCAGGAGCACAUGAGCACCAACACACAGUACCAUCUCGACAUGGUCACCAAGUCCUUUGAUGCUCUUCGUUCGAGAGCCGAGUCAGCAGACAGAGAGCUACGAAAGGUACAAGCGGAAAUGUCUGAAGUUCGCACAAGAGAAGAGUCCGGAAAAAAAUUAAUCGACCGAAGAUUGACGGCCAUUGGUACAAACGUUGAAGAGCUCAUCAAAACGUGCACUGAAAACCAACGAUUUGCCGUACACUCGAUUCGUUCGCUCACUGACGACAGUUAUCACCUGCAAGAAAUCGGGCAGCCAAUCACGUUCCAAAUGAUCAACUACUCGGACUUCAAGCGUACCGGCAAGAUUUGGUACAGCUCUCCUUUCUACGUUGCCGACGGCUACAAAAUGUGCGUUGCAAUCGAUUCUAAUGGCAACGGUGUUGGGCAAGGCUCCUGUAUCACUGCCUCACUCUGUUUGAUGAGGGGAGAGUUCGACGAUGACUUAAACUGGCCGGUUGAGCUCCCCUUUCAUUUAAUCAUCGAAAUCCUCCGAAGCAGCGACACGUUCGAGAGCGGCAGUCCAAACGAGGGGGUUCCCCCCAACCCCAAAGCGUACAUGUACUUCCACGAGGACACCCCCCAGAUGAGGGUCACGGAAGGUAUGAUGGUUGAGGCGAGAAAAUGCGAGAACUUUGCACGUCACGAUGUGGUAGAGGAGUGGAUGCUCUUCUACGACGCUGUUACCUUCAAAGUAUAUGCAGAAUCCGAAUUUCUGUAACUCUUUUGGCACCAAACUGACUAUUAUAGAUCUAUUAUUAUUUUACUCCAAAUUCCCCUGUAUUUAACUAGCCUCUGUGUGCAUCACACUUUACUACUGCCUACCACACACACACACACACAUGGAGUUUUGUAUACCUACAAAAUAUGCAGAGGGGGCUUAUAUAUACACAAUGUGCACAAUGUUUUGUUAGAAUUACUGAUCUUUUAUAAUUAUAAUCAUGUUAUUCCUAAUUAUGA